AUGUCAGGCCUCAGUCGACCGGCUUCAUCUGCCGCGCCUCCCUUCGUUUUACCACUACAUCCUGUGCUUGAUGCCGUCGAAAUCCAUAUGGACAAGCCCAUGGGCGAGUGGCCCAAAUAUGCCAUCAUGGGCACAGCAGAUUACAAGAGACGCCAUGAAUUUCUUCUGACAGACCAUCUGAAGAAUUUUCCUCCUCCGGGAACGGUAGACACGUCUGCUAGGGAUUUGUCCCUGUCCGCAAUGUUCAUGCACAGGAUGGCGCACAUCCAGCACGUCAUAGAAUCUCAGGGUUCUACCGCAAAGAAUGAUCCCCGUUACAUUUACCUCUAUGACGACAUGCGUUUUAAGCGCAACAUCUUUUACUGGCGGAAUUUCCGAAUGAAUGAUCUGCCUUCCGAAAUUAUUACGCACAUCUUCCGCAUCGCUACUUGGUCAACCAGUACCCCAGCUGAAGGCACCCACAUUCGCCUGUCACUCACUUCGGUGUGUGCCAAAUGGCGCAAGUCGAUGAUCGAAGACUGCACCCUUUGGAGUGCUAUCUGGUUCCGCGACCCUCCUCCGUAUGCACGAUCGCUGGAGUGGUUUAAGAGGGCAGGUGGUGCAUCGUUGGACAUUCGCAUCAACGAACACGAUGCCAACUGGAAGUCCAAAGAUGAUGAUUGGAGAUACAAGGAGGAUGAUCAUCGGUUUACUGCCGAUCAGAUGGAAGAGCUCAUCGACAAAAUCUUUGUCAAAGUCUCUCAGAUCCGCAUGCUUGUGCUUGUUGUCGACAACUGGCCCCCCGCACUCUUAGUCUUGCAUAAGCUGCAGGAAGCGGCUGAGGCUGGACGCUCCAUCAACAUGGAGCGUUUGGAAAUUCAUAGGAUGGGACAACCUUUCGUAUGGCUCGGGUCAGGUUUUGAAGUAAACGGUCGAAGUUCACCAGCUGUGCUUUUCGGUGGCCAAACGCGGGCCUUGAAAUAUCUCUGCCUCGCCGGCGUUCACAUUGACUGGAACGCGACUCCACUUAGCAACCUGUCUACCAUUGACCUCAGGAAAAUCGCGAUGAAUGUUGCGCCAACCUUGACUCGCUUUCGCGAGGUCCUCCUUGCUUGCCCUCGCCUGCAGAAGCUGUCUUUGGACGGCGCAGGCCCGCAACCCACCACUAGAAAGCCCGAGCACGUUCCAAUUAAUCUCCCUCACCUGAAGGUUCUCAUUAUAGGCGGCUUCAGCAUGGUGUACUCGUGCUACAUUUUCUCCCAGUUCAACGCUCCUAACGUACGGGACCUGACGUUAAUGAACCUGACAGGCGAAGAUUAUACGCCGGUGAUCGUUGGGAUCACCAAUCGGUACAGGGAGCUACGACUCCUGACGCUCUACUCGGUCAACAUUAGUCCCACGCAAGGGGGCACGAAGGCGAUGGUGAAGUUUCUUUACGCGAUGCCUCAUCUACGCUAUCUACGGUUCGCCUCCAUGGAUUGGCAUGUCAUCCAGACAUUUAACGAAGAUCCUCGAGCAUAUGGCCUGGGAAGAGAAACAGUCACUCAGACACUCCCAGAGAAUCGUCUAGUUCUGUGUCCGAAGCUUCAGACGAUCGAAUUCCAGCAUAUGUCUGGAUCUAAGGUAGCGGAGUGGGCAACCACGAGGAAGGAGCUAGGCGCCCCGCUGGGGAGGGCUUAUGUGAAUUCUCCAUAUAUCCGCGAGAUAACACCGCCAGAAGCGGACAUGAUCCAAAAGGUCGUGGGUCUAUUCAUCGCGCCUCUGGGGUCCACUACUCCCGAGGAGAGAGAGUUGGCGACCGGCGAGGAAAUCUAG